AUGCGUCUCCACGCUCUACUCCUACCGGGGGCCCUCUCCCUCGCCGCAGCAACACCAACAACAACCUCAUCAAAACCCAUCCCCUCCCCCGACGCCAACGGUAAAUACUGGCUCAACACCACCCACCUCUCCCUAGCCUUCAUCCCCUACGGCGCCUCCAUCACCAACCUGAUCCUCGCCGACAAACACGGCAAGCCUCUAGACAUAGUCGCCGGCUACGACAACGCAACAGCCUACACCCUAGACGCCGCCCACCCGCACUUUGGUUCCGUGCCCGGUCGUUAUGCGAACCGAAUCAAAAAUAGCUCUUUUACUCUUUUUCCCGAUUCCGAUUCUGAUUCUGAAGGCGAACAAGAAGGAAUAACAUACCACGUCACCCCCAACGAAAACCCCACGCCCGAUCAUCCCAAAGGAGUCGACACCCUCCACGGCGGUCCAGACGGGUGGGACUACCGCAACUUUUCCGUCGUCGCCUACACCCCCGGUUCAUCAAUCACGUUUAGGCUAGUCGAUCCAGACGGGAAGGAAGGGUUCCCAGGGGAAGUAGUCAGUUACAUCACGUACACCGUUUCGGGAAAUGCAUGGGAUAUCAACAUGGUGGCGAUGGCGACUACGAAAAAAACGCCCAUCAUGUUGAGCAGUCAUACGUACUGGAACUUGGACGGGUUCGAGCGCGAGGAUGCGCUGGAUCAUGAGUUGUGGAUGCCGUUUGCGGGGAUGCGGGUGGGUGUGGAUGGGAUCUUGGUUCCCACGGGGGAGAUUCUCGGGAAUGAGAGGGGGGGUGUGAAUGAUUUUUGGAGUCGACCGAAGAAGAUUAGGGAGGCUUUGACGGAGAAAGGAGAAAAGGGGGAGAAAGAAGAAGGGUUGGAGGGGAAUUGUGGGACUGGUUGUACGGGUUAUGAUAACUGCUACAUUCACUCCCUCCGCUCCCCGCCCUUCGACGACUGGCGCCAGCCCUCCCAAAUGGUCGCCCGUCUGUCCUCCCCUCACAGUGGCAUCAAGCUCGAAGUCUACUCGGACCAGGACGCGUUUCAAAUGUACUCGUGCAACCAGCAAAAAGGCGACGUCCCCCUGAAAUGGACUCAGGGCACGGACGAAAGAAGGACCAUCCCCAAGUAUGGAUGUGUGGUGCUGGAAGUGCAGGAUUGGAUUGAUGGUAUUAAUCACCCUGAGUGGGGACGGACGAAGAAGCAGGUCUUUGCUCCUGGGGGUGAUCCGUAUGUUUUGCAGGCUAGGUACGUUUUUGGGGUUAAUAAGUGAGAGAGUCAAAACAGGACAGGGAGAUGAAGAGACAUUGGAAGGAGAUUAUAGUUAGUUUAGUAAUGAUAUGUGAAUAUGAUCCAGUUAAAGAC